UGUACAGUCGGUUUUCGUUCGUUAUUUGUACACGACGAAAGUUGAAAAAUCCUUGAGCAUCGCACUCGAAGCACAAGCAGUCGCGGAGGACGCAGCAGAGCGUGCUGAAUAUGCGAAGUGGUCGGCUGAGGUUAACCACAACAACACCGAGGCCGAAACCGAUGCCGGUUACGCAUGGCUUGAGGCUGGGAGGGCCGCGGAGUCUGCAUUGUGGGCGCGGAGGAAGAAAGAAACGGCGGUGCUUGCAGAGGAAAAAGCCGCCAGUGCAGCGUGGAAUGCGGAUCAUGAAUAUGUAUUGCAAAUACCGUUGUCAGGAGCUGCACUUCUGGAUUUGCGAGGCAAAAUGUGAAGGAACACUACCAUUAGAUAAUUUCCUGUGUUGCAUUGAUAGGAGUGUCGAGUUCUUUGGUCAUGCUGUGAAACUCAGUUAUUCACAUACGUUUUUUUGGGAUUGCAAGAACGUGCAAUAAGUUUCAAAAAUGAACGAAACAGGAGCUGAUGUAGUUGCACUGCCCCGCAAGCGGCUAGUCAUAGUCUGCGAUGCGACGAGUAUCAGCAUGAUCACAAAUGUUCUUGUCCACAUCCACACAGGAUAUCGAUAUUUGCAUUGCAUAGAAAAGCAUGGAGAGCGAAAUCGACGACGGCGGCAUACAUCGCCCGACAAAUGGAAAUGGAGGCACGGCAUGCGGCUUGGUUGGCGGAAAACAAUUUGGAACCUGAGCCUGGUUACGGGUGGCAGAGCUACGAAGCACCUUAUCCAGAGUAG